AAGCGGCAUCAGGCUGGUCUGCCACCGCUUUGCGCUGUUUUAAUCUCUUGGGAUCUCCUUGAAGUCAUCCAGACAUGGCUACCAAAGUCACACCUUCGUUUCAGAAGAAGCGUGUGACCCAAAUCAAGACUGAUUAUCGUACCCUUCACACUAAGCAUGUUGUCAAGCAGCAGACAACCAGGAAAUCAAGCUCUACAUCGGUGAGCCAGGAGCAGGCCCAGGCCACACAGGCUAUGGCAGAACCAGCCUAUACCAUACCGGCCUUCCGGCAGAGGAGUGCUGAUGAGGUGGAGGAGUAUCAGCGUGUGUCCAUCCAUGUUGGGAAGGGACUGGCUGCCAUCCAGGAGGAGCUGCACAGGAUGAGGGUGGCCACCAAGACCCAGGUGGACAACCUGGCGAUGCAGAGAGAAGUUCAGGACAUGAUGACCAAGAGGGUGGAGCUGCAUGAGGAAGUGCGCAGGAUGCCAGACUUCCUGGUGGCCCUGCGGCCCCACACGGUUUGGGAGAAGACGCCCGUCAAGCUGUUCUGCACCGUGCAGGGAUACCCGAGGCCCGUCGUCAAAUGGUACAAGGACGGAGUCCCCAUCGACCCACCGAGCACCCCAGGAAAGUACAAGAUGGAGAACAAGUAUGGAGUCCACAGUUUGAUCAUUAGCAGGUGUAUUGUGAGUGAUACUGCCGAGUACAGUGCCGUGGCAACCAACCAACAUGGCACGGCUACCAGCAAGGCUAAAGUUACCGUCAGGAGACCAGCAGGGGGAGCCGAGUCCUGCCACCUCGGUCUAGUGCCCCAUCUGACUGAGAUCCAUCCCAGUAAGCUGGAGGUCACCCUGCUGGAUCGGUUCGGCGUGAGCUUUGGCGUGGAGGGCGGCUCCAUCAGCCUGGUGUCCACCAUGGUGGUGGUGCCCGACCUGCCCAACCUGCCACCGCACGCCCAGUGGUACAGAGACGACAAGCUGCUGAAGCCCGGGAAGCUGGCAGAGAUGACGGUGGGCGGCGGCGCUGCCAAGCUGACGCUGCCCCACCUGGCCAAGGACGACGAGGGCCUGUACACCCUCCGCAUAUUCACCAAGGACGGGACGGCCGAGCACAGCGCCUACCUGUUCGUCGAAGACGCCCCUCCCUCUGCGGCCGGGGCCCCUGGUGCACCAAUGAGCGUCAAGGCCUAUGACAUCAACCAGGACUAUGUGCUGGUUGCCUGGAAACCCCCAAACACCACCAACGAGCCGACCAUCACCGGAUACUUUGUGGAUAAGUGCGAGGCCGGCAGCGACACCUGGGUCCAGUGCAACGACUCCCCCGUCAAGGUUUGUAAAUACCCGGUGCACGGCCUGAGCGUGGGCCGCACCUACCACUUCCGGGUCCGGGCCGUGAACAGCGCCGGCAUCAGCAGGCCGUCCCGCAAGUCGGACAAGGUGACCGCCCUCGACCCGACCGAGAGCGAGAGGCUGCAAGUGAUUAAAAUGGGUGGAAGGCAGGACAUAGUGAUCAAGGACGAUGACCUGGAAGGCUACGUAACGAUCCCGGGGGAGCCCACCGGCGUUCACGCGUCCGAGAUUUUCAAAUCGUACGUGGUGCUGAGCUGGAAGCCGCCCAGCCCUCGCGGCCGGGCUCCGCUGUGGUACGUCAUCGAGAAGUGCUUAGCGGGCACUGGAGCGUGGCAGAAGAUCAACACGGCAGUCAAACUGCACUCGCCCCGUUACCCGGUUUUUGAUUUGGAAGAGGGGAAAAAGUACCAGUUCCGAGUGUUUUCGGUCAACAUGUACGGCUCCAGCGAGGCCUCGGAGCCCACUGAGCCCAUCCAGAAGGUGGAUGAACAGGGCAUCGAGCGUCCGGUCGGUGUGCCCUCCGCCCCCGGCCAGGUGAUGGCCACCAGGAACACCAAGUCGUCUGUGUUUGUGCAGUGGGAUCCUCCCAAACACACCCAGAACCUCAUGGGCUACUACAUCGACGGCCGCGCGGCGGGCUCCAAGCAGUGGUUCCCCUGCAACCACAAGCCCUUCAAACACACCCGGUUUGUGGUGCACGGCCUGAUCCCAGGAGAGACGUACGUGUUCAGAGUCCAGGCCGUGAACGUGUACGGCCUCAGCGACGAGUCUCAGGAGUCGUCUCCCAUCGCCGUGGAGCCGGCCCUCGCGACGCCCAGCGCACCGUUCGGCAUCACCAUGCUGAGCUGUGACGGCUCGUCCAUGACUCUGGCCUGGAAGAGCCCCAAACACUGCGGCGGCUCCAAGAUCAACAAUUACUACAUCGACAAGCGCGACGCCGACACGCUGGACUGGAAGGAGGUGAACCUGUCGGGCAUCAAGGAGAGGAUCUGCACUGUUGAUAAUCUGACGGCGGGAAUUUUCUAUGAGUUCAAGGUCCAGGCCGCCAACAUGGCCGGCGUCGGCGUGCCCUCCGCUCCCAGCCACCCGAUGAAAUGUGAAGCCUGGACGAUGGCGGAGCCAGGUCCGGCCUACGACCUGGGCUUCAGCGAGGUCAGGAGUCACACCCUGGUCCUGCUGUGGAAAGCUCCGGUCUACACCGGGGCGAGUCCCGUCUCCGGAUACCUCGUGGACAUGGCGAAGAAAGGCUCCACCGAGUUUGUCUCCCUGACGGAGGAAGCCGUUAACCACCGUUACCUGCAGGUGAGCGGUCUGGAGGAAGGCGAGUCCUACGUGUUCAGAGUUCGCGCCGUCAACGGCGCCGGCGUGGGCCGAGCGUCGGAGCUGUCGGAGCCGGUGUGCGCCCGCGCUCUGCCAGGCACUAAGGAGAUCGUGUGCGGCGUGGACGAGGAGACCGGAGACGUCUUCCUGUCCCUGGAGGCCUGCGAGAUCUCCGAGACCUCCAAGUUCGUUUGGUCGAAAAACUACAAACCCAUCGGCGACUGUCCCAGAGUCUCCGCCAGCGCCAAGGGCAGAACCUCCCGGCUGACUUUCACCAACCCAGAUAAAGACGACCUGGGCAAAUACUCGGUGGUGGUGACCGACACCGACGGAGUCUCCUCCAGCUACACCCUGACAGAGGACGUCCUGAACAGCAUGCUGGAGCUCAGCCACGCCAUCAGACAUCCAAUUGUGCCUCUGAAACACGGUCUGAACUACGAGAUCCUGGAGAAGGGCCACGUGCGCUUCUGGGUGCAGGCCGUCAAACUUUCCUCCGCCGCCUCCUACAGAUUCAUUUUCAACGAUAAGGAAGUCACCAGCGGCGAGGGCCACAAGAUCAGCCAUGACGUGAACACGGGGAUCAUCCAGAUGACGGUGGAUCACUUCACCCGGGACAACGAGGGCACCUACACCGUCCAGAUCCACGACGGCAAGGCCAAGAACCAGAGCUCCCUGGUCCUGGUCGGAGACGUGUUCAAGGCCGCUCUGAAGGAGGCCGAGUUCCAGAGGAAGGAGCACAUCAGGAAGCAAGGUCCACAUUUCUCUGAGUAUCUGCACUUCACUGUGACAGAGGAUUGUGUCGUUAUGAUCGUCUGCAAGGUGGCCAACGUGAAGAAGGAGACGACUUUCCACUGGUUCAAGGACGACGAGGAGAUUGUUCCAGAAAUUCCUCCUAACGUCAUGUCCGGCUCCUGCGCUCUGCCCAUCGCGCAGUUCUCCAGAAAAGACCACGGCAUUUACAAAGCAGUUCUCGGUGACGACAGAGGAAAGGACACGUCUCUCUUUGACAUUUCAGGCAAAGUGUUUGAUGACAUCAUCAACGCCAUCGCCCAGAUCGCCGGCUCGUCUGCCUCAGACCUGGUGCUGCAGUGCACUCCUGAGGGCAUCCGGCUGCAGUGCUACAUGACCUACUACACAGAGGAGAUGAAGACCGUGUGGAAGCACAGAGACAGUAAGAUCGCCUCCUCUGAGAAGAUGAGGAUCGGCGGCGCGGCGGAGAUGGCCUGGAUGCAGAUCUGCGAUCCCUCCGACAAAGAGAAGGGUCACUACUCCAUCGAGAUCUCCGAUGGCGUGCAGACCCACACCCGAACCUUCGACCUCUCUGGACAAGCAUACACUGAAGCCUACGAAGAGUAUCUCAGACUCAAGGCGGCUGCAUUCGCUGAGAAAAACCGUGGCAGAGUGGUGGGCGGCCUGCCUGAUGUCGUCACCAUCAUGGAAGAGAAGUCCCUGAGCCUGACCUGCACCGUCUGGGGCGAGCCGACCCCGGAGGUCACCUGGUUCAAGAAUGAGCAGGAGGUGGCCUCCACCGAGCACACCAGGGUCACCUUCGACGGCGGCAAGUUCGCCAGCCUCGUCAUCAACAAAGUCACCCCCGAAGACUCCGGCAAGUACAGCAUCAACGUGCGAAACAAAUACGGCGGCGAGUUCGUGGAGAUCACCGUGAGCGUCUACCGGCACGGAGAGAGCAUCCCCGAGCCGAAACUGGCCAAAACGCCCGCCACCACGCCCAUGCCGCCCAAGUCCCCCGCUCCCCCCUCCAAGACCCCCACCCCCACCCCGCCCAAGUCCCAAACCCCCGCAUCGUCCAUGAAGAGCCCCACUCCUGCUUCCACCGCAGCCUCCACCCCCGUCCCCAAGUCCCCGACCCCCACCCCGAAAUCCCCAACCCCCGCCCCGAAAUCCCCAACCCCGCCCCGCAGCGUCAAGUCACCCACCCCACCCAGGUUCAUGAAGUCCCCAACCCCCCCGAGAAAGUAAAGAGAGAAGGGGGGGCGGUGAUGCCUGAGGGGAAAAUGUUGGUAUUUAGCAGAUGUGAUUCAUAGCAUGAGUGUGAAACCAAAAAGCUUUAAGGUGUAUUUUUAGACGCAGCCGUUGUUAAAGUCCCACUCUCUGAGCGGCUCGGCUCCGUGUCUGAGUCGGAAGUGUUUGGAGAAAUCUUUAUUCUCACCCACCACUAAUUACGAUUAAGACGGUGCCGCUCGCUGGUGUUUUUCAAGAAGAGGCCGACCAAGUUCAAGAAGGACUUGCAGAAGAGAUGCGGGGCUUUUACAAAGGCUGCCGCCGCAGUGGGUGUCUGUCAGGUUAUCGUAUGUCGGUCAGCUGGUCGCCGUGGCCUCGACACAGGUCAGAAAAGUGUAAAAAAAAAUGAAUAAAAAAAAAGACCAGGGUAGAUUUCAUGUUCCUUAUCAAUGUUUCAAAAGCUGCACCUUCCUCUAUGCAAUAUAGUGGAAUGCCUGUAUCCAUUUUUGUGGGUAUUUAAAGAACAGCCAGACAGUUUAGACCAUCAAUAAUAAUAAAAGAUAAUAAUAAUAAUAGCAGGCAAGUUGUUAUAUACCUGAGUAGAAAAUUAACAUCAACCACCAAACGCCGGGUAACAUUUUUGAUGGUUUCCUCCACUACCACGUUUUUUUUUUCUUUCUUUUUUCAAGUAACCCUCCAUCAUUCGGAGGCGUUCUUUCAUUCUCAAAGCGAAUUCGGUGAGUAAAAUACCGCAAAAGUCUGUUUAUCUGUGAUUGAUGGAUAAAAAUGUUCAGUUUUCUGCUCGGCUCACGAAGCCUGAGAGGUCUGUCUGUCUGUCUGUCUGCAACGUGUCGUGUUUCCCCGCCCGAUGCUUUGUGAUGGCAAUAAACUUUACUUAUCACCCUC